AUGGCCUCCCGGCGAGCAUUGAAUGCUCUGCCUCUGCGCUCUGCGCUCCGCAAGCCCCAGCCUGCCAUCGCGACGCCUGCCGUCCGCCCGCGUCACCAGCCGACCAGCUCCUCGUCCACCCAGGCCCUCGCCUACAAGGCCCUGCAUCGUCGCAUCGCCCCGCUGCCCACCAGCGACGCUCCUCCUUCGUGGUCCGCCCCGGCCGCCGUCAGCAGCAUCCUCUACGAGACGCCGCUGCCGUCGCAGGCUCCGCCGAAGCGCCAUGUGCUGAACUGCCUGGUCCAGAACGAGCCCGGUGUGCUGUCGCGCGUGUCGGGCAUUCUCGCCGCCCGCGGCUUCAACAUCGACAGCCUGGUCGUCUGCAAUACCGAGGUCCCGGACCUGUCGCGCAUGACCAUUGUGCUGCAGGGCCAGGACGGCGUCGUCGAGCAGGCCCGCCGCCAGCUCGAGGACCUCGUGCCUGUCUGGGCCGUGCUCGACUACACCCAGGCUCCGCUCGUCCAGCGUGAGCUGCUCCUGGCCAAGGUCUCCAUCCUUGGCCCGGAGUACUUCGAGGAGCUCAUGCAGCACCACCGUGAGAUGGUUGACUCGCCCGGUUACAUCCAGGACGGCGAGGCGCUGUCCGACGCCGACAGGCUCGACAAGGAGCGUGCCGCUGAGCAAGCCGCCACCGAGUCUCUCAAGAGGGACUUCCACCCCAGCAAGCUCGCUGCCAGUCAGGCUCUGAGGCACAAGCACGAGCACUUGGAGGCCAUCACCCACCUGACUCACCAAUUCGGCGGCAAGGUGCUUGACAUUAGCACCAACAACUGCAUUGUUGAAGUCUCGGCCAAGCCUGUCAGGAUUGACUCAUUCAUGAAGCUCGUUGCUCCUUUCGGUAUCCUGGAAUCCGCGAGGACUGGUCUCAUGGCGCUGCCCCGCUCGCCCCUUGCCGGAGCCGAUGAGGCACAGGAGAAGGAGAUUGAGGACGUUGUUGACCAGAGCAUGCUUCCUCCCGGAUAA